AUGUUUCUAAUGGACGAGGACUAUGAACCUUUCGAUCCCUUCAACAUUGGUCCAAUCGAUACCAAAGCGUCGUAUAACUACACGGCCCCCGACACCCCAUCCUUUCCGCCACCUGUGCACGCCACCUGGCCGAAGCCGAAGGAGCACACCAACAGAUCCGUAUCGCAGGCCACCAUGACCAAGUCGAGCGCCGACGUUCUCCACAAAACCGAAUCGAAACUGGGCAAAGUCGCGGUCUCGCAGGCGAUCAACAGGGAGAUGAGCGCUUCCAAAAGGCAAAUACCUGAGGGAUCACACUAUCACAUAGGAGGCAAGCCGAAGAGUUCACGUGCAUCGGUCAGAUCGAACACCAGAUCGAUCGACCAGCCCAGAAGUGAGCCCAAGCAUUCGUCCUCACGCACCAGCAGGCGUGAGCAUGCCGGAGGCCAUGCGAGCUAUGUGAGUGCUUCGCAGCGGUCUCAGGAGAGCCGAUCGAGUUACCAGCCUGAGCUGACAUCCAAUGGCCGAUCUCGAUCAACGCUAAAGGUUAAAGAGUCCCGCGAGUCGAGGACAUCGCACACACUCAACAGGGUAACGCCAUCGCUGAAGAAAGUGGCCGAGUCGCUGCGAAGGGAUCUGAGGGAAACCCUAAGGAUAUCAAAAACUCUCUUCGACAAGGCGGCUGAGCUGACCAAGCGCCUGAAAGCGAAUUACGACUGA